AUGUCGGAAGCAAUCGACGAGGAGAGUAUUCUCAACGAGAGCAUCGACGACGUGGUCAACGCGGGAAAUGAAGACGGAAUCGAUCUAAACGAGGACCAGAUAAAUGAGUUGCUCGCCGAGCAACCAGAACAUCCGGAGGAGCCGGAGCAGCCAGUGCCAGCGCCAGAAGCCAACGCAGAAGCCAACGCAGAAGGAGAUAAACAGGAUGACGAGGGAAUUCAAGUGGACGACCAUCACGAAGUUCAUGUGGAGGAGGUCAUAGUGAACAAUGUGGUUCAUGAGGAAGAGGUUGCCGACGACAACGUGGAGCGAGUGCGAGCCAAUGCUCGAGAAGUUCAGUUGGAGUCGGACGAGGAGAUAGUUGAGGAAAUUAUAAGACCGAUAGAAGUGGGCAAAGAAGACGAAAAUGGCGAAGUGGUAGCCGUGGCCGAGGUGAUUAUCAAUGGAACGCCAAGUCAAGAUAGUAAGUUUUCGAAUAUUUCUUGAAAAAUUCCAAUUCCAUUGUUGCAGAUCACAGCCGAAAACGCAUGAAUGGAAUUUCGACGUGCAGUCCGGCUCACAAAAGAGCACGCUAUCAUCAUCACCACCCAACACCGUAUCUGAGAGCCAGAAAUUCGGCGAUUCGCAUCAUAUCACGAAUUUUCGCCCAUCCGACGGACACGUUGACCGAGAAGGACUUGCGUUUUCUGAAGAAAAUAACGGAUUCGGCGUCGAGAGAAGCAUUGACGAUGGCCACCGAACAGCUGAAGCGAACUAACAACGAGUUGUUGGCGGCGAAACUCGAGUUGGCGGCGGCGAAGCAGAAGCUGAAGAGCAUGGAGGUGCGGAUGGCCGGAGUCACGCUGGAGGUGAUCACUCUCAGCAACCUGCUCACCGUUCCGCCCGUCGGCAGUAUUUCCGUCCUGCAAUCUCUUCAGCAUUCGAGAAAACGUAGCGAAUCGCCGGUUGUUGUAAACGUCGUACCGCAGCAGCAAUUGCAGAGUCAGAAUCGUAUCCAACCGCCGGAAUUUCAACAAGUUGCGGCUCCUACCACGAAAUUCCCUGCAAGAAAGCACUUGAGACGACCAGAGAAUGAGAUCCGAGCAGCACCAGUUCGUCAAGAAUCCGUGAAUGCAAGACAACAAGUGCCGGCAAACAGUUUAUCCAUGAUAAAUCGUCAGCACGCUCAUCGGACGUCCGAAUUGUCUCCUCAGAUUGCUCUAAUUCCUCCCCAUCGUCGCUCGAGUCAUCCACAGCCGGGAGUAACUCAAAGAAUCGUCGAAGCAGCGACUGCUCCUCGUCCACAACAAAUUCUUCGCAACAAUCCGCCACAAGUUCUUCCACAACCGCUCUCGAACGUAGUGAUGUUGGUCCCGCGGACGACGAAUCUCGGCCACAGCGACCCAAACACCUCGCACCAGUUUCCGCAAAAUCUAGUCGAUAAAACGGUACCAGGCAGCAACCUGAUCACCCUUCAUCUGCCGUUGAUUCCCGCCGAUCUGAUAAUACAGAAUCCGGUGAGCCGCGCGAAAGUACCGCCAAUGUUCGCGAACAUCCGUCCGUCGCCGAACAUCACCGUCAGCUUCUCGUCUUCUGCGAAGGAUGUGCUCGAGAAUUAUCAAGUGUGCGGACGGGUUAACUAUGAGAAAAUUGAUGGGGCCGAGAAUAAGGUGAGUCUGCAGGAUGAAAUUAAAGAAAAAUGUUCAUGAUUUGUUUGCAGAUGCUCCAAAUCUUCAUCCGAAUGGCGUCAAUGAGCAACAAGGGGCUCAUGGCGCGUCUGCUUCGUACGGGCGCUCAUUACGACUGGGGACACUCGAAGGAGCUGAAGUGUAAUCAGAAAUCGCACAAGUUCAAAGUAAAAUUCCAUCAGCAACAGCAACUUCAUCCGCACGAGAGUGUCACCGUGAUGGCCGUCAUUUACGACGCGCUCAAAAAGGAGACCAUCAUCUCGAUACCUGAACUUCUUUCCAUUGUCCAAUAG